UUCUUGUCCCAUCGAUUUCAACGAUUUUCGCUCCUAGCCAUUUGACAACGGUGUCAGCAGGUCGCCGGGCGCGGCGAGAAGCGGGGGGUCCGGGUCUUGAACGCAUCGUCAACAAACGAUCGUUUACCUGAGGUGGGUGUUUUUUUUUGUCGUCAGUUUCACCCAGACGGGCGCGUCCAAAGGGAACAUCGCGAUACGCACAAAGGGCGUCUUCUCAGUUAUGGUGACGUGUACGUGACAACGAAAAAACAAUGUGGUCCCUGUUGCUGCUGCUAUCGUUGUUGUUGUUGGGCGUCGGCGGUCAAUACGAAUGGCAGGCCCGCGACGCCUUCGACGAGAUAUCGCGCGCCGUGCGUCUCGUCAACAAAGAUAACUGCGAGAUCAUGCACACGGGCGAUUUAUACCUCCCCCAGGAGGCCGUCUCUCACCUGCCCGACAUCAAAGAUAUCAACAUCAACCCCGUGUUCCCCAACAGGACGCAACUGCUCCACCUGCACAACAUGGCUCUCAAUCGCGCGUUCUUUUGGUCCUACAUAUUGCAGAGUAGGUUCAUCAGGCCGGCGAUCAACGAUACUUACGAUCCCGGGAUGAUGUAUUAUUUGCUCUCCACGGUUGCGGAUGUUUCCACCAAUAAACACGUCAACGCGAGCGCCAUUUAUUUCGCGCCCAACGUUUCGUAUUCGAGCUCGUACCGAGGCUUUUUCAACAAGACGUUUCCCAGAUUUGCUCCGAGGACGUUCCGUGCGGACGACUUCAACGACCCCGUACACCUGGAACGUAUAUCCACCCUCAACACCUUCACCGUGACCGACCUGGGGGCGGUCAAGCCCGACACCAGCGCCGAUUAUACGUCCGACUAUUACCGGAUAAACGAGUGGUACAAGAAAUGGCUGCCCGACCACGUCAACACUCGACACGACACCAAGACGACAUACCAGGUUCAAAUCCGGUACGCUAACAACACGAACGAGACGUAUACGUUCCACGGUCCUCCUGGAGAAGACGAAGAACGGGGCCCGGUCCAAUGGACGAGGCCCUACUUCGAUUGCGGCAGGUCCAACCGGUGGCUGGUGGCGGCGGUAGUGCCGAUAGCGGACCUCUAUCCCCGGCACACCGGCUUCCGUCAUAUCGAAUACCCUACCUACACCGCCGUCUCCGUGGUCGAGAUGGACUUUGAUCGGAUCGACAUCAACCAGUGUCCUCCGAGCAAGGGAAACGACGGCCCCAACAAGUUUGCUGACACCGCGCGGUGCAAGAAUGAGACCACGGAGUGCGAACCCAUACACGGCUGGGGAUUUAGGAGAGGCGGCUACCAGUGCCGGUGUAGACCUGGGUACCGGUUGCCUUUGCAGAUGAGGCGCCCCUAUUUGGGGGAGAUUGUCGAGCGAGCAACCGCUGAACAGUAUUACAACGGAUUCGACUGCAAAGCCAUCGGGUGGAUCCACAAACUGCCGGUGCAAUGGGAGAAGGCUCCGUGGUAUGUUCGGGAACAGACUCUGGUCCAAUAUCCCGAGUACCUUGACCCGGUUCGAGGCCCGGAAUCGCUUAAGCAGCCCCGGAUCAACAUUCACCGUACGCUCGACUUCAUCCUGGGCAUGAACAAGGACACAUGCAAGAAGUAUAGAGCCGAGGACUUGGUGCUGCACGGCGGCGUCAUGGCCGGCGCCGAGGAGUUUUUCGAAAACGAGGCGAAAAUGGCACUGCGUUUGGCCAACUUCAUCAGCGCGUUCCUGCAAGUGUCCGAUCCGCAGGAAGUGUACUCCGGGAAACGCGUCGCCGACAAACCGCUGACGGAGGACCAAAUGAUCGGAGAAACCGUAUCGAUAGUGAUGGCCAACAAUCGAAUAUUUACUGCCGGCACUUAUUGGGAACGCAAUAAGUUUACGAAUCGAACGUUGUUCGCGCCGUACGCUUACAGGGAGCAUUCGCGCAAAUUUAAGGUCGAAGAUUUAGCGCGUCUUGAUAAAUCUGACGAAGUCUACCUUAAUAAGCCUUGGUUCAGGUUCCUGAGGAACCGUUGGGCGUCCAAUUUCGACAGCCUCGAAAAGUUUUGGCUCAAAAUACGCGUGAGGUUCAACGAGACCGGUGAGACGACGAGGAAAUUCGAACACUACCCGAACUACUAUUACGGCGCCAAACUGGACCACGGCUACUGGAGCUCGCCAUACUAUGAUUGCGACGGCAAAGUGCCUAAGUGGCACGUGAUGUACGCGGCCCCUUUCUUCGGAUGGGACAGUCUUCAAGUCAAGUUGGAAUUCAAGGGCGCCAUAGCGGUGACCAUGGACCUGCUGAAGCUUGACAUUAACCAGUGCCCCGACAAGUACUACGUUCCCAACGCGUUCAAGGACACGCACAAGUGCGAUCAGAAGACGUCUUACUGCGUGCCGAUCCUCGGCAGGGGCUUCGAAACUGGCGGCUACAAAUGCGAGUGUAAGCAGGGCUUCGAGUACCCAUUCGAGGACCCGAUCACCUACUUUGACGGGCAGCUGGUCGAAGCUGAGUUCAGCAAUAUGGUGGAUGACAACAAAACGCGCUUCGACAUGUUCAAAUGUCGACUGGCCGGUGCCGGGAGCGUCCAAAGUAGUCUACUUAUCGUACUAACGUUAUUUUUCGUUGUUUUCGGAGUGCAAAGGUGGAGAUAAGAGAAUCUCACACUUUCGCAAAGUGAUUCUAGGUACGUGAGGCGCCUUAAUCGGACAAAGUGCCUUCCAUACAAUGUACUAUAGAGCAGUAUUUUUUAUAAACCACAUGUUAAAGUUGGAACGUUUUAUAUUUUAUGCGACUAAAGUUGCAAUAUUCAUAACCGUCCAAGAUAUAUAUGCAUAUAUAGUUUUUCCGUUGUUAAUUUGUAUAAGCCAAACUCCCGGGAAAAGUACCUGAGACUUAGGUAAUAUUAGACGUAGACGUAUUUCAAAGAACGUGACGUAAAACACAUUGGUUUUCAAGUAAAAUCCCUGACACAGUCAAUUAUAAAUCUUAGAUAGUUUCUUUCGCUUCUUGUAUAAUAUCUAAUUUUAAUUUAAUUUAAUCUAGAGCCCAAAAAAUUCUGCAAAAACACUUUCGCCUCGAUUAUUUUUGUAAGUUGUAUAUUAAUUUGUUUGUUACUUUUGCUUGAGAGAAUGCUGGUAGGUUAGGUAGCAAAAUUUUUAAAAUGUACGCACAUCCGACUUAAAUGAAACUUCCUGCAGCAGUGUAUACCUACUAAGAAAAUAAGCUAUUUAAAUCAAAAUUGACGCAAUUUUAUCGCGGUACUGAAUCUCUGAAAUGUAAGUUAGAGAACUCAAUAGAGCUCUGUACAUAGGAAUAGUGUGGAUAUUUUCUUAUUGUUUUCGACUAUAAUCGCUUUUUCCGUCCAAAUAAGAUUUAUUAUUUACUGAUAUUGAUAUUUUUUUAUACAAGUUUUUGA